UGUCUGCUUAGGAGGAGGGUGGACCAAGAGAUCCUCACAGAAACUUCCCAAAGGACUUGGCAGGUCUGGCCAUGCACUGGCUGUGGAAACUCCAGCAGGUUUGCAUCCAAUGGGGGACCCAGAUGUCUGGUCGCACUGUCCACCUUCAUACCAAGCAACUGGCAUCCCUGCAGUGGGGUCACCAGGAGGUCCCUGCCAAAUUUAACUUUGCUAGUGAUGUGAUAGAUCACUGGGCUGGCAUGGAGAAGGCUGGCAGGCAACCUCCAGGCCCAGCCCUGUGGUGGGUGAGUGGUGAUGGGGAUGAAAUAGUGUGGAACUUCAGCCAACUGAGGGAACUCAGCCAUCAGGCAGCCAGUGUCCUUUCGGGGGCAUGCAGCCUGCAGCCUGGGGACCGUGUGGUGGUGGUGCUGCCCCGAGUACCUGAGUGGUGGCUGGUGACCCUGGGCUGCAUGCAAGCAGGCCUCGUCUUCAUGCCUGGGACUAUCCAAAUGAAAGCCAAGGACAUUCUCUAUAGGCUGCAGGUGUCUAAAGCCAGGGCCAUCGUGGCUGGGGAUGAAGUGGCCCAGGUAGUGGACACCGUGGCCUCUGCCUGCCCUUCUCUGAAAAUAAAGCUACUGGUAUCUGAGAAAAGCCGGGAUGGGUGGCUGGACUUUAAGACACUACUACGAGAAGCAUCUACCACUCAUUGCUGUGUAGAAACUGGAAGCCAAGAAGCAGCUGCCAUUUACUUCACCAGUGGGACUAGUGGCCUUCCUAAGAUGGUGGAACACUCCCACUCAAGCCUGGGCAUCAAGGCCAAGAUGGAUGCUGGCAUAUGGACAGACCUGCAAGCCUCUGACAUAAUAUGGACCAUAUCAGACACAGCUUGGAUAGUGAACAUCUUGACUUCAUUUCUGGAACCUUGGACAGCAGGAGCAUGCACAUUUAUCCAUCUCUUGCCAAAGUUUGACCCAGUAGUCAUUCUAAAGGACAAUCUUGAGAAGACAGCAGCCAACAUUCGAGGAGAUUUUUGGAUCCUUGGAGAUCGGCUCAAGGAUCAAGAUGGCUAUUUCCAGUACCUAGGGCGGGCAGAUGACAUCAUUAACUCCAGCGGGUACCGGAUUGGGCCUUCAGAGGUGGAGAAUGCACUGAUGGAACAUCCUGCUGUGGUUGAGACAGCUGUAAUCAGCAGCCCAGACCCUGUCCGAGGAGAGGUGGUGAAGGCAUUUGUGGUCCUGGCCCCCCAGUUUCUGUCCAAUGACCCAGACCAGCUCACCAAGGAGCUGCAGCAGCAUGUGAAGUCAGUAACAGCCCCAUACAAGUACCCAAGGAAGGUGCAGUUUGUCUCAGAACUGCCCAAGACUGUCACGGGGAAAAUCCAGCGGAAGAAGCUUCGAGACAAGGAGUGGAAGACAUCUAGGCAAGGUGUGGCCCAGUGA